CAUCAUGUGGCUCACACCAGCCCGACACACACACCGCUCACAGGGGACCCUAUAUAAGGUCCGCAGCUGUCAGGUGGAGGACACUGGCCGCUUUGGGGACGACUCGCUUUAGGGAAUAACAGCUCUAGAUACCCGUUGAUCCAAACUCCAUAAAAAUGUCUCAUGCUUGGGGAUACGCAGCGAACAACGGACCCGACAAAUGGUCUAAAAACUUCCCCAUUGCCAAUGGACCCCGCCAGUCUCCCAUUAACAUCGCACCUGCCGCUUCAUCCUACGACGCGGGGCUGAAGCCGCUCCAGCUGAAGUACGACCCCUCCACCUGCCUGGAGAUCCUCAACAACGGACAUUCCUUCCAAGUGACCUUCGCCGAUGACACCGACAGCUCAACUCUGAAAGACGGCCCCGUCUCAGGCACCUACAGGCUCAAGCAGUUUCACUUUCACUGGGGGGCAUCUGACGAGAAGGGCUCCGAACACACCGUGGACGGGACCAAGUAUCCCGCUGAGCUCCAUCUGGUUCACUGGAACACCAAAUACACCAGCUUUGGGGAGGCGGCGAGCAAACCCGAUGGGCUGGCUGUGGUUGGGGUCUUCCUGAAGAUCGGCGGCGCAAACGCCAGCCUCCAGAAGGUGCUCGACACCUUCACCGCCAUCAAGGCCAAAGGCAAGCAGACCUCCUUCGCUGACUUCGACCCUUCCACCUUGCUCCCCGCUUGCCUCGACUACUGGACCUACGACGGCUCCCUGACCACGCCCCCUCUGCUGGAGAGCGUUACCUGGAUCGUCUGCAAGGAGCCAAUCAGCGUCAGCAGUGAGCAGAUGAAGAAAUUCCGCGGCCUGCUCUUCUCCGCUGAGGGCGAGGCCGAGUGCUGCAUGGUGGACAACUACCGGCCUCCCCAGCCGCUCAAGGGCCGCUCCGUCCGCGCUUCCUUCAAGUGAUGAAGUUCUUGCUCUGUUGCCCUCUCCCAUCCCUCUUUCUUCAGUCUGUUACCCUUUGCCACAAAACCACGCGUCACUCUCCCUGUCCAAUUUAUCUAAAAGAAAACUAAAAAUCCCCCGUGGCCUGGUGCUUUAAACGCCGGCGUGUCCAACAGGGAGAUUAGGUGGUAAAUUAUGAGCCGCCAAAGACUCCCCAUCGUGAUUUCAAGAUGGCCGCGACACGUUUUUCUAUGAUUCAGCGUUUGGUGCCAAUGUUUUCAGAGAUAUAUCGAGAAAGAAAAAAAAUCCAGAAGAAGAGCUCAAAAUGGUGCCAACGGGAAGUAGAACGCACAGCGUAGGCAGGGGGGGGGAGGACGAGACUACAUCACCAUCUGUGGGGAGGGUAAGGUGCAGAUUAAAAAAAGACACAGAGAGACACACACACACUGGACUGAAACGCACACUCCCGCUGCCAGUCUGUCUCUAAUCUCUGUCUCACUGCCAGCCUCCGCAUCGCAGCAGCUUAACGCAACGCUGCUGCAGCCUCCAUCACGGGCGAUUGACUCAGAGUACCCCCCCCCCCCUUUCCCCCCCCCCUCUGGCACACACAUGCAACGCGGCACGCUCAGCCUCGUGCAGACGUGACGCCUAUAGGCGCUGACCUGCUUAUCGAUUCCAAUGCGGCCAAGGACACGAGGACAGGCUGCUGCUGUUAGAUACCCGACGUCAUGACAAGGGCUCGUUGCUCAUAUUUUUCUGCAGAAUCUUAAAACCGUCCAUGAGUUUGUCAUCUUGCAUUGUGUGUUUUUUUUUUUAUUAGUACCAUGCAUCUAAUUUUAGUUUUAACCUGAAAGCUUAUGCAAGUGAUUCCUGCAUUAGGUUUUGUAACCAAAAGCUCGGCUGCAUUUUGAUGCCCUAGUGAAAUAGCAAUAGAGAGCAAUUUCCGAUAUGAAACGUCAUGUGUUUUUAGAAAAGCCCCUCCGUGUGUUGUUGUGCAAUCACAGCGUGUGCUGAAGCUCAAAACGCACAACCGCCUCGUGGGCGAAGCCAUAGCGGCUAAUGCACAAAGCCAAGGAAUGAAUUCAAGGCCAAGGAGGAAAAGGAGCUGCCAAUGGAUGAGAUUAUAGUGACCGCCUGCUGUCAGGCCCAACAAAAGGCCAUCAAAGGUCCUGGAGGCCUCUGGUUUUAGACCCCUAUGCAUUUAUGACACAAUAGGGAAAGA